UUUGGAAACUAUCAGAUUUAUUCUUUCAUCCCCACAAACUUUUUCUCUGGAAUGGGGAUUAAGAGACAUUACCAGUUUUUGUUUCUUUCAGACUUGGAAACUAGAUCCAACCCAAACUGUCAGCUCCAAAGCAGAACAUCUGUGAAGAACAAUCCAACGAUGUGGGGUGGUCUGUCGUGUUCUAAGGGUGAAGAUACUGCAGGCCCCUGGGAACGGAGUCAUGAGAGCCUUGAUGGCCGUGUUCUACAGACCUUCACAACUGUGAGGACAUCGGUUCAGGAGCAGCUGACAGGGAAUGGGUUUGGGGAAAACUCAGCGCUGAGCCCAGAUCUCCCAGCUGUACCCGUGACUCCUGAAAGACGAGGCUCCCACAUGUGGGGAACACACGGAAAGAGGGAUAAUCCAGACUCAAAUGUGCAACAGAAAACCUAUGUAAAACAGAAACCAUACAGAUGUCAGGAAUGCAGGAAGGCUUUUAGUCACAGCUCUGCACUCAUUGAACACCUCCGAACACACACAGGAGAGAGACCUUAUGAAUGUUACGAAUGCGGAAAAGGCUUCCGAAACAGCUCUGCACUUAACAAACAUCACAGAAUCCAUACUGGCGAGAAACCCUAUAAGUGCACACAGUGUGGGAGGACCUUCAACCAAAUUGCCCCACUGAUCCAGCACCAGAGAACUCACACAGGUGAGAAGCCCUACGAGUGCAGUGAAUGUGGGAAAUCCUUUAGUUUUAGGUCCUCCUUCAGCCAACAUGAGCGGACUCACACAGGUGAAAAGCCCUAUGAGUGCAGGGAAUGUGGGAAAGCCUUCCGGCAAAGUAUCCACCUGACCCAGCACCUGCGAAUCCACACCGGGGAGAAGCCCUAUGAGUGCGGAGACUGUGGCAAGACCUUCAGCCACAGCUCAUCAUUGACAAAGCACCAGCGAAUCCACACUGGGGAGAAGCCUUAUGAGUGUCAUGAGUGUGGAAAAGCCUUCACCCAGAUCACACCACUAAUUCAGCAUCAGAGGACACACACAGGAGAGAAGCCCUAUGAAUGCAAUGAAUGUGGGAAAGCCUUCAGCCAGAGCACUCUGCUGACCGAGCAUCGUAGGAUUCACACUGGCGAGAAGCCCUACGGGUGCAACGAGUGUGGAAAAACCUUCAGCCACAGCUCAUCACUCAGCCAGCACGAACGGACACAUACUGGGGAAAAGCCCUAUGAAUGCAGUCACUGCGGGAAGGCCUUCCGGCAAAGCACACACCUCACUCAACAUCAGAGGGUCCACACAGGGGAGAAACCCUACGAGUGCAGCGACUGUGGUAGGGCCUUCAGCUAUAGCUCAUCCUUAACCAAACACCAGCGGAUCCACACCGGGGAAAAGCCCUAUGAGUGUAACGAAUGUGGGAGAGCCUUCAGCCAGCUGGCUUCACUCAUUCAGCAUCAGAGGACCCACACAGGAGAGAAGCCCUAUGAGUGUAACAAGUGUGGCCGAGCUUUCAGCCAGAGCUCCCUUCUCAUAGAACACCAGAGAAUCCACACCAAAGAAAAGCCCUACGCGUGCAACGAGUGUGGUAAAUUCUUCAGUCACAGCUCAUCACUCAGCCAGCACGAGAGGACACACACUGGAGAAAAGCCCUAUGAAUGUCAGGAUUGUGGGAAAUGCUUCAAGCAGAGCACUCACCUGACUCAGCACCGGAGGACCCACACGGGAGAGAAGCCAUACAAGUGCAGGGACUGUGGGAAGGCCUUCACACACAGCUCCUCUUUGACCAAGCACCAAAGAACUCAUACUGUGUUGGGGUGGGUCAGGGAGUGGAAAUUGAGUCUGGCCGGAGUCUGCGAAGUCGCGCUCGGAUUACGAGUCCUGCUCCCGUUCAAGAGUUAUGGUCGGCCACGGGGUGUUCCUUGGAGUAACCGGAAAAGAACGAGCGGCCCUCUGGGAGAUGUACUCCGGUCUCGCCUGCGCCGGCGCAGUCCGGCUGGUGACGUUUGCCCGCCCUGUCCUGUCGUUUUCGGACACCUGCACAGCCCCUCACAUCCCUUUCCCUCCAGAACUGUGUGCAGAGGAUCUGGCUGUUCAUGCAAGAGGCCAGAGGAGGAGGGAAUGACCACUGGGCUCCUGGAUGCUGGGGUCCUGGAGCAAGUGACCUUUGAGGACGUGGUCGUGGACUUCACCCAGGAGGAGUGGAGGCAGCUGAAGCCCGCCCAGAGGACCCUGUACCGUGAUGUGUUGCUGGAGACCUUUGGGCUCCUUGUGUGUGUAGGACAGUGGCUCCCGAAGCCAACCGUCAUCUCCCUGCUGGAGCAGGAGUCAGAGCCAUGCGUGGUGGACGUGGGAGUUUCCCAAGGUGUGUGCCCAGACUUGGAAACUAGAUCCAAACCCAAACUGUCAGCUCCAAAACAGGACAUCUGUGAAGAAAAAUCCAACGGUGUCCUGGUAGGAAGCUUCCUGUGGGAUGGUCUGUAUUGGUCUAACAAUGAAGAUGCUGCAGACUCCUGGGAACAGGGUCAUGAGAGCCUUGACUGCUGUGUUGUACAAAUGGCCUUCACACCUGUGAGGACAUCUGCUUAGGAACAGCAGCCAGAGAAUGGGUUUGGGGAAAACUCACGUCUGAGCCCAGAUCUCUCAACUAUACCCGUGACUCCUGAAAGACAAGGCUCCCACAGGUAGGGAACACAAAAGAGGAAGAAUCCGGACUCAAAAUUAAAUAUGCAUCAGAAAACCUAUGUAAAAGAGAAACCAUACAGAUGUCAGGAUUGCGGGAAGGCCGUUAGUCACAGCUCCGCACUCAUCAAACACCAGCAGAUGCACACAGGAGAGAGACCUUAUGAAUGUCAUGAAUGCAGAAAAGGCUUCCGAAACAGCUCUGCACUUACCAAACAUCAGAGAAUCCACACAGGCGAGAAACCCUAUAAGUGCAUACAGUGUGGGAGGACCUUCAGCCACAACUCAUCACUCAGCCACCACAAGCGGACACACACGGGAGAGAAGCCCUAUGAGUGCAGUCAGUGCAGGAAGGCCUUCCGGCACAGCACACACCUCACUCAACAUCAGAGGGUCCACACAGGGGAGAAACCCUACAAGUGCAGUGACUGUGGUAGGGCUUUCAGCCACAGCUCAACCCUAAACAAUCACCAGCGGAUCCACACCGGGGAAAAGCCCUAUGAGUGUAACGAAUGUGGCAGGGCUUUCAGACAGCUGGCUUCACUCAUUCAGCAUCAGAGGACCCACACAGGAGAGAAGCCCUAUGAGUGUAACAAGUGUGGCCGAGCUUUCAGCCAGAGCUCCCUUCUCAUAGAACACCAGAGAAUCCACACCAAAGAAAAGCCCUACGCGUGCAACGAGUGUGGUAAAUUCUUCAGUCACAGCUCAUCACUCAGCCAGCACGAGAGGACACACACUGGAGAAAAGCCCUAUGAAUGUCAGGAUUGUGGGAAAUGCUUCAAGCAGAGCACUCACCUGACUCAGCACCGGAGGACCCACACGGGAGAGAAGCCAUACAAGUGCAGGGACUGUGGGAAGGCCUUCACACACAGCUCCUCUUUGACCAAGCACCAAAGAACUCAUACUGUGUAGAUUCACUCCACACAAGCUGAGAUGUGGGAAGACUUAAGCCAUAGUUCAUCUCUUACUACACUUGACCCAGUCAUACUCAAACAAGAACACAGACAUAUUUAUACACAAGCCUUCACACACAGUACAUUGCUCAGAUCAUCCAAACAACAGGAAAAUGUGGAGAUGAGCCACGUGAGGACCUUCAACCUUGAGUGCUCACUAACACUAUAGAAACCAAAAAAGAAAUGGAAAAUAUAGUGGGUUUUGCUAUGGCUUCUGUCCAAGGAUUCACCAGAUCUCAAGCCAGAUAUUUUCAAAAUGGUGAGGGACCCAGCAAAUGCCUUUCAUAUAUAAGAACCAAAUGCAAUCUAGAUUUAUCAAUAUUGCACAUUACAUUCUUGGGGUAGGGGGAGUGUUUAUGAAUGGCGCAGAUUGACUCUGAUAGUCCCUAAAAACACUAUGGCAGAGUGUUUCAGACAUGAGAGUGGCAUCUGUAUGGAAGGACCAUGCAUACUCAACUGUCUCAGUAUGAAGUUUUUUGAUCUGUGUGUGAAUUGUCUGAUCAAGGUAGAAGGCAACCAGUCUCACAGAUUUGAGCUCCAUAUGACAAGUUGUCAGUGUACUCUAAACAGAUUUUUAAAUACAUUAUCUCCAUUAUUUUGCAAUAAACUAGUCCUUCUGUGCAUAAAGUUGAGAAGAUUUGUAUAGGAAGAA